CAACAAGAUCAAGAGACCACGGGUCAUCUCCACCAGCAUCUCUCGUGUCAAAUGGUCUCCAUUAUCCUUGUCGGAUAGAUCCUUGAAUAUAUCCAUUCGAUAGAAGUUCUCCCCCAUUGCUGACGGGACCUCGCCUCCCAUUCCGUCACUCUCGAUACGACUAAACAGAUACCACCAUACCUCGCAAUAUGCCAUCUUCUUCCACAGCGCGCUCGCGGUCGCCCUCACCGUCGCCCUCGAAACUCCCGCCAAUUCCCGGCUCCCCAACUUACUCUUAUGCCUCGACAUCUCUCCCUGUACCCAGCGCCUUCAACCUGCCCCUACCUCCCAAACCGCACCCGCCGCACGCCGUGCUUACAAAAUCCGACCUCGAGCUCUCACAGUCCGCAUAUACAGACCUAGUAUCCUCCGCCAAAGCAUACCGCCUGGCCUUAUCUGCGCUCUCUGUCUCUGCGUCCAAUUUUGGAAGUUCUUUAGAAGCAUGUGCGCGCUUAAAAGAAGCGCGAUCCGACGCAAUAAGCCCGGGGAAUGGGAUGGGAAGCAUGACUAAUAGCUGGAUUGCACAGGGAAACUGUACGGCGGACAGUUUGUUGGCAGCCAGCGGGGUGCAUCAGUUGAUUGCGAAUCAUCAGCAGAUUCUAUCGGAAAUGGUAUAUCGCUCUUUCGAAGUGCCCUUGUUGCACGAAUUGGAUUCCUGGACCCGGAAAAUCGAGGAAGAGGAAGUUACGUAUCAAAAUUCCGCGAAGGCUCUGAGUAAGGAAAUAAGAAAGAUGGAGAAGGAUGGUAUGAAGGUAUACAAGUCUAGGAAGAGGGAUGUAAAGCGUUUCAGAGAGCAUUUGGUGCAGUUGACGGAGAAACUGGAUGGGCUUACAAGCCUGCAUGGUGGGCAUGCGAGAGGCUUAUUGAGGGAUUGUCAGGAGACGAGCGGUCGGAUCGUGGAGUGCAGUGCGGGACUUGUGAGAGCGGAAAUGGACAUUUUCGAAGCGCUGGCCAGGAAAGGUUGGAAUGGGGGUGGGCUAGAUGAGCUAUUGGAGAAAGGGAAGGAUCUUUUCGCAAAUGAUGACCCGCCGAGUUCACAUACCACUAAUAACCAAAUAUUCUCGAUUCUCCCGCAGAAAAGUAUCCUAGCCGACACAGCAAGUUCACAGGAGGGGCCAGCGGAAGCACAGGGAGCGGCGGACUCACCGGUGGGACAUAAGAGGAGCGAUAGCCUUCUCGUCGACGGGCUCCACUAUCAGAGCCUUGCUGGUGCAGUCUCCGGCACAGGCGCUGAUGUCGACGUAGCAUCCAUUUUCUCUGAACGAGACACAGGUUCAUCGGCCGGUAUCCUGAAUCGAAGUCGCGGCAUCAGGCCAUUUAGUCCUCCGCCGGCAGACAGGGUUCCAGAUCCGGGGCCGCUAGAUGUGGAUACGGAUGAGAGUCAGAGUACAAGAACGAUUGUGAAUACUUCCAACACGGAGACUGAACAAGGGGAGGACGCCGCGGCUUGGGGGAAGGGCAAGGAGGUUGGCGAUGAGAAUAGAGAUGAGAGGAAUCGCGAUCCUCCCCGGGAUAGGGAGGGAGACCGGAGUGUUACUGAUGAUGAGACGGGGUCCGAUUAAUGUAUAUAUGUGUGCGUGCUUGCUUGUAAAUAUUUAACCUUGAGCGUGACUCGGGUCUGGGAUUUAUACAUGGGGUUAUUGGGUCUAGAUUAUGUUUCGAACAGUAGAACUCAUGUUCAAUGAGCUAUCAUUCAAUGAAAGGGCAGUUGCGACUUUUA